CGUAUGGCAAGAGUUUGAUCGAUAGAAGUAAGAUGUCCGAGUGUGUAGUCGGUAGCAUAUUUGUUUGUUAAAUAAUAGCUAAAUGAGCUAUGGGCUUAUGUAGUUUUAGGUAGUCUUAAGUAGAAUACGAUUCUUCGCGUACAGUGAUUUUCAUAUAGUGCGCUACUACGAAUCAAAGAUUGACUCUGUUUGGGGUUGGGCCCCUCCUCCCCUGCGCCUGCACUUGGCCCAGCAUCCUCGCAGCAGGAUGGGGGAAAUGGUAAUAGGGGAGCGGCCCCCUUCACCUGCUCGUCUUGCACAUACUUCAGAGAAACAUCCUCGAGGAACGUUAACUGAGUUGAAUGUAUUACGACGUCACCGUGAACUGUGUGAUGUUGUACUGAAUGUUGGUUCCAGGAAAAUAUUUGCCCACAGAGUUAUCCUCUCAGCAUGCAGCCCAUACUUUCGAGCCAUGUUUACUGGGGAGUUGGCAGAAUCUCGACAGACAGAAGUGACAAUUAGAGACAUUGAUGAAGUGGCAAUGGAACUCUUAAUUGAUUUCUGCUACACUUCUCACAUUGUAGUUGAGGAGGGAAAUGUGCAAACGCUUCUGCCAGCUGCAUGUCUUCUGCAGCUGGCUGAAAUCCAGGACAUAUGUUGUGAAUUCUUAAAAAGACAACUAGAUCCUUCGAAUUGCCUGGGUAUUCGGGCUUUUGCUGACACGCAUUCAUGCCGAGAACUCCUUCGAAUUGCAGACAAGUUUACACAGCAUAACUUCCAGGAGGUGAUGGAAAGUGAAGAGUUUUUGCUCUUACCUGUGGGUCAGCUGGUAGAUAUUAUCUCCAGUGAUGAACUUAAUGUGCGUUCUGAAGAACAAGUGUUUAGUGCUGUGAUGUCAUGGGUCAAAUACAAUGUGUCUGAACGGCGACAGCAUUUAGCACAGGUAUUGCAGCAUGUGCGCCUUCCACUGUUGAGCCCAAAAUUCCUGGUGGGGACGGUUGGUUCUGACCUUUUGGUGAGGAGUGAUGAAGCAUGCCGUGAUUUAGUGGAUGAGGCUAAGAACUAUCUUUUAUUACCUCAAGAGCGGCCAUUAAUGCAAGGUCCACGUACUCGUCCGCGGAAACCUACUCGCCGAGGGGAGGUGCUGUUUGCUGUAGGUGGUUGGUGUAGUGGUGAUGCAAUUGCUUCAGUGGAACGAUUUGAUCCUCAGUCAGCUGAUUGGAAGAUGGUGGCCCCCAUGAGCAAGCGAAGGUGUGGAGUUGGAGUAGCCGUGCUCAAUGAUCUGCUGUAUGCUGUAGGUGGUCAUGAUGGUCAGUCUUAUCUGAACAGCAUUGAGAGGUAUGAUCCACAAACGAACCAGUGGUCUUGUGAUGUUGCACCAACAACAUCUUGUCGAACUAGUGUGGGUGUAGCAGUUCUGGACAGUUUUCUUUAUGCAGUCGGGGGCCAGGAUGGAGUCCAGUGCCUUAAUCAUGUUGAGAGGUAUGAUCCUAAGGAAAAUAAAUGGGGCAAAGUUGCACCUAUGACUACUCGACGUCUUGGGGUAGCUGUAGCAGUGCUAGGAGGAUUCUUAUAUGCCAUUGGUGGCUCGGAUGGGCAGUGUCCUCUAAAUACAGUGGAACGAUAUGACCCCCGUCAAAAUAAGUGGUCGCCAGUGUCACCAAUGUCAACAAGACGUAAACAUCUAGGUUGUGCAGUCUUUAACAACUUCAUCUAUGCUGUGGGUGGCAGAGAUGACUGCAUGGAACUCUCCAGUGCUGAGCGUUAUAAUCCCCAUUCUAAUACUUGGAAUCCUAUUGUGGCUAUGACCUCACGGAGAAGUGGGGUUGGACUUGCUGUUGUGAAUGGACAGCUGUAUGCUGUUGGUGGCUUUGAUGGGACAGCGUACUUGAAGACAAUUGAAGUGUAUGACACUGAUCAGAACCACUGGCGCCUGUGUGGAGCCAUGAACUACCGCCGCCUGGGGGGAGGGGUGGGGGUCAUGCGUGCCCCACAGACUGAAAACUAUUUCUGUAAAAAGAAGAUAACAGUAUGAAGCUUUUGUUUUCACACACUGCUGUAUGUGUGCUGCGAUAUGUUCGUUUCAUAUGCCACCAGGAGUUGAGACAAAAUAUCGCUGGAUUGCAAGGACCCAAAUGUACCCAUCAGAGCAGUGAGUUGUGCAUCAAGCAUCAUAUUACAAGACUUCAAAAUGAAAAUCACAUAAUUUAUUUUCAUUUCUAAGUUGGGUUAGUGAAGGUGACCUUUAUAUCAAGUGUUUUUAAACAAUUCUUGCUCCUUUCUUUAUUUUUAUUAGUGAAACUUCUUUCCAAAACAUUGCUGUCUUUUUGUCCCCCAAAAUAUAUAUAUAUAUAUAUCUGUACUUCCAGUGCUAAUUGUGAGGAUAACAAGAGAGUUGUUCAGUGAAGUGCACUGUUAUAUAAUUUUAUUGUGUUUGUAUGGUAUAAAGGCGUGUUUUAGAUUUUGUGGAUAUUGUUAAAGAAAUAAUUUUGUCAUUAAAUAUAAAAUUUUUGUGAUCAUGA